UCUUAUGUCAGAAUAUAUUAGGAUGACAGACACAGAACGUGAUCAGAUUGAUCAAGAUGCUCAGAUAUUUAUGAGGACAUGUGCUGAUGCCAUUCAACAGCUGAGAACGGAAGCACACAAGAACGUCCAAUCUCCACAAGUGAGGGAGCACAGAGCAGCUGUCUUGGACUUCACUGAAGAUUAUUUAAAAAGAGUGUGUAAGCUGUACUCUGAACAAAGAGCUGUCCGAGUCAAACGAAUGGUAGAUAAGAAAAGAUUGUCCAGGCUUGAACCUGAACAGAGGAAUAAAACUCAAGCACCCUCUUUCCCGGAAAAAAAUGUACAGAAUUCUUCAGAAGAAUCUGAGGAAAAACUUGCUUCUGAGGAAAACAAAGAUCAGAAUCUGACAGAUGCCCACACUAACUUGGGGCUGUGGGGGGAUGGCAAAGGUGAAGAUGAACUGUCACCUGAAGAAAUUCAGAUGUUUGAACAGGAAAACAAGCGACUUGUUGGUGAGAUGAAUAGCCUAUUUGAUGAAGUGAGACAAAUUGAAGGGAAAGUGGUUGAAAUCUCCAGACUUCAAGAGAUAUUCACAGAAAAAGUCUUGCAACAGGACACCGAAAUUGACACUAUUCAUCAGUUAGUUGUGGGUGCAACAGAAAAUAUCAAAGGCGGCAAUGAAGACAUAAGAGAGGCAAUCCAAAAAAACGCUGGAUUUCGAGUAUGGAUCCUUUUCUUCCUUGUAAUGUGUUCAUUCUCCUUGCUUUUCCUGGACUGGUAUGACAGUUAAUAAAACAACGUCUAUGUGUUGUUUGUAUAAGAUAUAGACAUUCCUCCUCUCAAAGCAGGAUACACUAUUUGCAAAUGUCAUACUGUUGUGACUGGAAAAUAUUUUCUAGCAAAAAAGUGUGUGUAUACCACUCUUGCAGUGAACAGAUCAACACCAUUUAAGUCCAUUCAGCAGCUUCAUAAAACAAAAGGUAGUCUUCCAAAGCUAAAAACUUUGAAUCAGCUAGCAAGUAAAAAGCAGGCUCAGGUUUAGUAAGUUGCAAGAAAUUUUCAAUAAAAUGUAAAUUAUACAUUUAAGAAAUUGUAGGCCACCAAGCCAAUUAGUGGAAAGUUCACGAUGUACAAUGAAGAAAAUUGUUGCAAUGCAGACAGGGUUGAGCUUUUCUAUCUCUCAUCUCAGAUUUCUUUUUAGUCACAUCACUCACUAUAAAUUGUAAUAACUUUGUACAUCUGUGAGAGCCACGCCUAAUCCUGUAGAAUUAGUUUGUGCAGGAGUCAUUUGUAUUUGUUGGAAAAUGAUUUUCUUUAACAUACAUGACACUUCUUGGAACCUAGCAUAAGUAAGUAAAGCUUUAUAACAGUGUUUAAUUAUAGUAAACACAUUGUGAUGCAACUGAUGUAUUGAGAUGUUGGAACAAAGCUGAAGAAUAGAUAACAUAGAAGCCAAACUUUUUGAAGUAUUAAAGUUAUUAACUACCUAAACAAAAAAUAAACCCCAGGAGCUUAUGACCCACCUCCUGUUGAAGUCAGGGGGAAGACUCCCAUUGACCUCAAGGGCUGCAGGAUCAAUCACCAAACAAGUUUUAUGUUUCCAGCUGACUGAAAUUUUUGAAUGUUUUCUUUUGAGGAUAGUAACUAGUCUUACUGUUCAGCAAAGUUGUUUACUGGUCUAAGUUUAAGGGGAAAUAUUUAAAUCACAUCUCUGAAGGAUAAUAAUAAGCAAAUCUUAUCGUAUAAAAUUUGAAUUCAUGUUUUUGGUAAUUUUGAUCUAAAAGUUCAUUUUACUGUGUGUCUUGGGAAAUGUAUGUCAACAUACUGUAUGCAACAGACAAUAUCAUCCUUAUUCUUUAUUUUGCAUGAAGUGAAAAUGUCAAAAGUUACAUGUGAAUUAAUUUACAUUCAAUAAAGUACAUGUCUACUAGCAGACAAAACAUGGUAUGUUUUAAUGUGUUUACAUGAGUUUGAACUUUUUUUAAAAUGCAAAGAAAAUUUUGGCACAUAAUUUAUUGCUUUUUAUGCAUUCCACAAAGCAUAAUAAACAAAGCUUUUUGUAGUUCAUAACUAUAUAAUGCACACUUAUUGUUAUGUUUGGUAUCAAACCUAUAGAAUUGAGAAGCAGUUGUGAUUUUGUACUUUAUUGGUAUGUAAAGUUCUUGAUACUAAAAUACACUGAUAAUGGAUUAGAAGAAAACCAAAAAGUGGAGCUGACCAAGUUUGUUCUACAGAACUAGACAAAUAACCUAUGGUUUCCUUUCAUUUUUGUAUAGUGUCUACAACAAUGGAACUUUUGACAUGUCCACUAGAAAAUCACAUUAAAUAAAUAUGAAAGUAAAAGUGAAUCUCAUACCUAAAAGCAUCACACGCUUAUUUUGUCUAACUGGCAGAUUAAUAAAAUUUUUGUAAUGCA